AUGCGGAAGAGAUGGGCCUGCUGGGGCGGAAGUGACGUUUCGGGCGACUCCGGCGGCUGCGGGAGGAGGAGGAGGAGGAGGAGCCGGAGGAAGAGGGUUUCCUCUGAAGAAAGGAGAAUGGCGUUCAGCAAAGGAUUUCGGAUCUAUCACAAAUUGGAUCCUCCACCUUUCAGCGUCAUAGUGGAAACGAGGCAUAAGGAAGACUGUCUCAUGUUUGAGUCCGGGGCUGUGGCUCUCCUCUCAUUGGCAGAAAAAGAGGCAAUCAAAGGUACAUACUCCAAAGUGCUGGAUGCAUAUGGACUCCUAGGUGUUUUACGGUUAAAUCUUGGUGAUACCAUGUUACAUUAUCUUGUCCUAGUCACUGGAUGUAUGUCUGUUGGAAAAAUUCAAGAGUCUGAAGUUUUUCGAGUUACUUCCACUGAAUUUAUAUCACUUCGAGUUGAUGCUUCAGAUGAGGAUCGCAUUUCAGAAGUACGAAAAGUUUUGAAUUCAGGAAACUUUUAUUUUGCAUGGUCUGCAUCUGGAGUCAGUUUAGAUCUGAGUCUUAAUGCACACCGUAGCAUGCAAGAACACACAACUGACAAUAGGUUUUUCUGGAACCAAUCUUUGCAUUUGCAUCUUAAACACUAUGGUGUGAAUUGUGAUGACUGGUUAUUACGCCUAAUGUGUGGGGGAGUAGAAAUCAGAACGAUUUAUGCUGCUCAUAAACAGGCAAAGGCUUGCCUCAUUUCAAGAUUAAGCUGUGAACGAGCUGGAACUAGGUUUAAUGUCCGGGGAACAAAUGACGAUGGUCAUGUUGCCAAUUUUGUAGAAACAGAGCAGGUUGUAUACUUAGAUGACUCUGUUUCUUCAUUCAUACAAAUCCGCGGAUCUGUUCCAUUGUUCUGGGAGCAACCAGGAUUGCAAGUGGGAUCUCAUCGUGUUCGGAUGUCAAGGGGAUUUGAAGCCAAUGCACCUGCUUUUGACAGGCAUUUUAGAACACUUAAAAAUUUAUAUGGAAAACAAAUAAUAGUAAAUUUGCUUGGAUCGAAGGAAGGUGAACAUAUGCUAAGUAAGGCUUUCCAGAGUCAUUUGAAGGCUUCUGAACAUGCUUCUGAUAUCCACAUGGUGAAUUUUGACUAUCAUCAAAUGGUUAAAGGAGGAAAAGCAGAAAAAUUACAUAGUAUUUUUAAACCUCAAGUCCAGAAGUUUCUAGAUUAUGGGUUUUUCUAUUUCAAUGGAAGUGAAGUUCAAAGAUGCCAGAGUGGUACAGUGAGAACUAACUGCUUGGAUUGUCUUGAUAGAACCAAUAGCGUACAGGCAUUCCUUGGCUUAGAGAUGCUAGCUAAACAGCUGGAAGCUCUUGGCUUAGCUGAAAAGCCUCAACUGGUGACUCGAUUUCAAGAGGUUUUUAGGUCCAUGUGGUCUGUGAAUGGUGACUCAAUCAGUAAGAUAUAUGCAGGAACUGGAGCUCUUGAAGGGAAGGCUAAGGCUGGAAAGUUAAAAGAUGGUGCGCGUUCUGUCACCAGGACAAUUCAGAAUAAUUUCUUUGACAGCUCCAAGCAAGAGGCCAUUGAUGUUUUGCUCCUGGGCAAUACUCUAAAUAGUGAUUUAGCUGACAAAGCUCGGGCACUUUUGACUACUGGAAGUUUGCGUGCAUCUUCAAAAGUACUAAAGAGCAUGUGUGAGAACUUCUACAAGUAUUCAAAGCCCAAGAAAAUUCGAGUAUGUGUUGGAACCUGGAAUGUGAAUGGUGGAAAGCAGUUUCGCAGCAUAGCUUUUAAAAAUCAGACACUCACAGACUGGCUUCUUGAUGCACCCAAGUUAGCUGGCAUCCAAGAAUUUCAAGACAAAAGAAGUAAGCCAACUGAUAUAUUUGCAAUUGGUUUUGAAGAAAUGGUAGAGCUGAAUGCUGGAAACAUUGUGAAUGCAAGCACAACAAAUCAGAAGCUCUGGGCAGUAGAGCUUCAGAAGACAAUCUCCCGAGACAACAAGUAUGUGCUGCUGGCUUCUGAGCAGUUGGUGGGCGUCUGCCUAUUUGUUUUUAUCAGACCACAGCAUGCUCCUUUUAUCAGGGAUGUUGCAGUUGAUACUGUGAAGACUGGGAUGGGAGGUGCAACUGGAAAUAAGGGAGCAGUUGCAAUCCGCAUGCUUUUCCAUACCACCAGUCUUUGCUUUGUCUGUAGCCACUUUGCUGCAGGGCAGUCACAAGUCAAAGAACGAAAUGAAGAUUUUGUAGAAAUAGCACGAAAAUUGAGUUUUCCCAUGGGAAGGAUGCUGUUUUCUCAUGACUAUGUAUUUUGGUGUGGUGAUUUCAACUAUCGAAUUGAUCUCCCUAAUGAAGAAGUUAAAGAACUCAUACGACAGCAAAAUUGGGAUUCUCUCAUAGCAGGCGAUCAACUUAUCAAUCAGAAAAAUGCUGGACAGAUUUUUAGAGGAUUUUUAGAGGGGAAAGUAACCUUUGCUCCGACCUAUAAGUAUGACUUGUUUUCUGAUGACUAUGACACCAGUGAGAAAUGCCGCACCCCUGCGUGGACAGACCGAGUCCUCUGGAGAAGGAGGAAGUGGCCUUUUGAUAGAUCAGCUGAAGAUUUAGAUCUUCUAAAUGCCAGUUUUCAAGAUGAAAGCAAAAUACUUUACACAUGGACUCCUGGUACUUUGCUGCACUAUGGAAGAGCCGAGCUGAAGACUUCUGACCAUAGGCCUGUUAUCGCCCUGAUUGAUAUAGAUAUAUUUGAAGUUGAAGCUGAAGAGAGACAAAAUAUUUAUAAAGAAGUAAUUGCAGUUCAGGGUCCACCAGAUGGUACAGUAUUGGUCUCCAUCAAAAGUUCUUUACAAGAAAAUAAUUUUUUUGAUGAUGCUUUGAUUGAUGAACUUCUGCGUCAGUUUGCAAAUUUUGGUGAAGUAAUACUUAUAAGAUUUGUAGAAGAUAAAAUGUGGGUUACCUUUUUGGAAGGAAGCUCUGCCUUAAGUGUUCUGAGCCUAAAUGGCAAAGAGUUAUUGAACCGGAUUGUAACCAUUACUUUAAAAAGUCCAGACUGGAUAAAAAAUUUGGAGGAAGAAAUGAGCUUAGAAAAAAUUAGUGUCACAUUGCCUACAUCAACAAGCUCUACUCUACUCGGUGAAGAUGCAGAGGUUGCAGCAGAUUUUGACAUGGAAGGUGAUGUCGAUGACUACAGUGCCGAAGUGGAGGAGCUUCUUCCUCAGCACCUGCAGCCAUCCUCAAGUUCUGGUCUUGGCACUUCUCCAAGCUCUUCACCAAGGACCAGUCCCUGCCAGUCACCUACAAUUCCAGAGGGUCUUGUGCCUUCCCUUCCAGUCAGACCUAGUCGGGCACCAUCAAGAACUCCUGGGCCCCCAAGUUCCCAGAGUUCUCCUGUUGACACUCAACCAGUAACUCAACUGCAGCAGAAAGAUUCUUCCCAGACUUUAGAGCCCAAGAGGCCACCUCCUCCCCGCCCAGUUGCUCCUCCUUCACGUCCCGCACCCCCACAGAGACCACCACCGCCUUCAGGGUCUAGGAGUCCUGCACCUGCUAGAAAAGAAUUUGGAGGUAUUGGAACCCCUCCCAGUCCUGGGGUAGCUAGGAGAGAGAUGGAAGCACCCAAAAGCCCUGGAACUACACGGAAAGAUACCAUAGGACGCAAUCAGCCUUCGCCUCAAGCAGGACUUGCAGGCCCAGGUCCUGCUGUAUAUGGGGCAGCCCGGCCGAUAAUUCCGCCCAGGGCUGGAGUGAUCAGUGCCCCUCAGAGCCAGGCUCGGGCAUCUGCUGGAAGACUGACUCCUGAAAACCAAAGCAAAGCAACAGAUGUAUCAAAAGGUUCAGCUGUUCUUCCAGAACCACUGAGGCCACAGGCUGCUUCUCCACUGCAGCCUUCUCUGCCUCCACCUACUCAAAAGUUGCAGGAACCUCUUGUUCCCGUGGCAGCACCUAUGCCUCAGUCCGGCCCCCAGCUAAAUUUGGAAACGCCACCACAGCCCCCACCUCGGAGCAGGUCAUCCCAUAGCUUGCCUUCAGAAUCUUCGCCACAGCUGCAAGUAAAAACAAAUGGAGUCUCUGGUGUCAAACAAGAGCCACUAUUCAAGAGUGACCCAUUUGAAGAUCUGUCAUUUAAUCUGCUUGCUGUAUCACAGGCUCAGCUACCUGUUCAGAUAUCACCUGUUCUAACCCCAGACCCUGAUAGGUUAAUUCAAUUGCCUUCUGCAACACAAAGCAUUGUUAACACUUUGAGUUCUAUAAGUUGCAUGCCAACCAUGCCUCCAAUUCCAGCCAGGAGCAAAUCGCAGGAAAGUAUUCAGAGUGCUCCAAAUCCAUUUAUUGCUAGCUUGACCAGCACAAACCCUUUCACUGAUAGGACUACUGCUCCGGGAAAUCCAUUUAGAGCCCAGACUCAAGAAUCAGAGACAACCUCAUGGUUCUCCAAAGAAGAGUCUAAUACAAAUAGUCCUUUUCCUCCGCUCAUGCCUCUUGGUCAAAAUGUAAGUAGGCCUUCAUGUUCCCAUGAUGGUUUUAAGGACAGUUUUGACCCACAGGGCCCGUCUGCAGUACAAGCAGGCAACCCAAAAGGAUGGGUAACUUUUGAGGAAGAGGACGACUUUGGUGUGAAAAGGAAGUCAAAGUCAUCUUGCUCCAGUUUCCUGGGAAAUCCGCCAGAUUCAUUUGAUGAUGACUGGAACAAAGGAACAAGUGUGUCUUUCUGUGUGUUGCCAGCCAGGAGACCACCUCCACCACCUGUCCCCCUGCUCCCGCCUGGCACCAGCCCUCCUGCAGAUCCUGUCACAGCCUUGACAUCUAAGACGUCUCCCACAAUAGACUUUACAGAAAGAUAAUGCGGUAUGGCAGAAAGAAGGUUUUGUGGUCCUUUUGUUUUUUAGUUUGAGCAAGAUAAAGAGCCAAAUGAAUUGGGCAUUAGAUAUUCAUUAUGUGCAAUAAGUCAUUGUAAAGUGCACUGAUAUCUUCAUAAAGUACCACUAUUUUAUGUGUACAAAGUUGGAAUAUGUGUAUAUUAGAAAUAAGGAAAGAUGCUUCUUGUUAUAGUAACUGGAGUUAUGGUGUGUUUCUCUUCAGAUGAAUAGGAGACAGGAGUAGCCAUAAAAAGUGUUUUUAAAAGAUAGUCCUUAUCAGAAAUUCCUUUUCAGUCUUUGAAAAAUCACAAAAAGGCCACAUGUCUGUACCUGGUAUUACUGUCAGCCUUUUUAUUAUGAUACUAACAAUUGGUAUUAAUGAUUAUUUACCAAAGAGCUGCCACAGUUAUAAUGAAACUGUUUUCAAAGGCAUUGCUUAAACAAAAAGCUAUAUGUGUAUAUACACAAAUAUUCAUAAAAAAGAUCAAAUUUUACCUAAAAGUUCUUUUUAAAA